AUAGAAUCUUCAUAUGAUGUAUAAAAACAAAAUCUGAAACGUCAUCUCAAUCAGUUAAUCUUCGGUUCUUCAAAAGUGAACUUGAAUGAUUUUUUUUGUGUAAGACAUUUUGUUCUUCAAAGCAUUAACAAAAUGUACGCAAACGGUAUCAUACGAGAUAUAAUCAAAGAUGACGGUAAAAACCUUGCACGCAACAUCUCGCAAUACCGAAACGAAAGACGUAACCUGUGGAACAGGCGAAAUAUGCUGGGUGACAAUACCCCUUGUCAACGAGUCAUACCUAGGCUCACGCCACAACUUCCUGAAUGUAUAAAAUUUGAUUGUCCCGAAAGGCACAUAGCUUGUAAACCUGACGCACCAGCUUAUCGCAAAAGGAUUGAUCUGAAAUACGUCGCCAAAGAGAAUGGUCGCCUAGUCGAUAAGUUUGAAGUAUCUGAAGCCAAAUGUGAAAUGCCAAGAGGUUUAAAAGAAAAAGUAUGUGCAAUUUCUGAUACUAGGAACCAUUUCCAGGAAGUGUUAAUUGACAAAGAAAUGAAUGGCAAAGUGUUGGUGGAAGAAAAAAGGACAGACUUAAUAACAGGACAUACAGAUAAAUACCAACAAUUUAAAAAUAUGCAUCCAUGUGACAAAGAAAAUUUUUUGAGAGAAUGGAAUUAUAAAUUACUACAGAAUAGGUGUCAAAUGCCUUCAAUAGAAUCUGAUUUUUGCAUGAAACCUCCAAAGCCACUGUGUGAUAGAUGUGAGGCUAUAUUGUGUGACAUGUUACAGCAAUAAUAUAUCUGUGAAGAAGACAGAAAAAAUUUUAGAACAAUGUUACAGCGGCUUAAAGUUUGCUUAUUUUUACCCAAUCAGAAAACAUGAUUUGGAAGAUGGCAUUUUCUAUGUGAUAACUUUUAUCAAUGAAAGCAAUAUAUUAC